GGCGCGCGUGCGCGUUGAGGUGUUGUGCUCAGGGUGCACGUGACCGGAAGCAGAAAUGAUUGACCCUAUUGAUUUUCUUGGAAUUAAAAGAUCUGACUGAAUCUCUCAAUUCGACAGGACCCGACUAUCAUUCACCUCUGAUUGUCUGACUGCCACCUGAGGGGAAAGGAUUCCAAACAUCAGUUUGACUGGAAAAGCAACGACACGCGUGAGCUGGAGUAUCCCUGUGAACUGACAGCAGGAAGAGCUUUGUUGCAGUCCCACAGACAGCAGGGAGAAAGAUUCGCAGGAAGCUUUGAUGGAUCGUUCAACCUGCAGUGACACGCCACCCAUGGAUAAAUCAUGGAAAUGCACGGAUUGUGGGAAAGGAUUCAGAUUCCCAUCUAUGCUGGAAAGCCAUCGGCGUCGACACACUGGGGAAAGGCCAUUCACCUGCAAUGACUGUGGGAAGGGAUUCGCUCAUUUAUCCACCUUGCAAAAACAUCAGAGAACUCACACUGGGGAGAAACCAUUCACCUGCCAUCAAUGUAGGAAGAAAUUUGCUCAGCUAUCCACGUUACGUACGCACCAGAGAACUCACACGGGGGAGAAACCGUUCACCUGCUCUGAGUGUGAGAAAGGUUUUGCUUAUUUAUCCACAUUACAUGCACACCAGAGAACUCAUACUGGGGAGAAACCAUUCACCUGCUCUGAGUGUGAGGAGGGUUUCAGUCAUUUAUCCAGCUUGCAGAAACACCAAAGUACUCACACAAAGGAGAAACCAUUCACCUGCCCCGAGUGUGGUAAGCGAUUUACCCAAUUCUACAGUUUACGGAGACACCAAAGAACUCACACUAGGGAAAAAUUGUUCACUUGUCCCAAGUGUGGGAAGGGAUUCACUCAGUCAUCUGCCCUGAUGACGCACAAAAGAGUUCACACUGGGGAGAGACCUUUCCAAUGCCCAGACUGCAGGAAAUGUUAUAAAAGUUCUGGGGAAUUGAUGUCCCAUCAACUUGUUCACACUGACGAAAGACCGUUCAGGUGCUCUCACUGCGGGACUGGGUUCAAGCGAUCCUCUCACCUCACUGCACACCAGCGAAUUCACAGAGUGGAACCACUGUUUACCUGCUCCAAGUGUGGAAAAGGCUUCUCUCAGUCAUCCAAGCUCCUGAGGCACCGGCGAGUUCACAAGUGACUGUAGGAGUUGGACUUUGCUGUUUACUGCUUUUAUGAAUCACAUCAGGCCUGAAUAUGUGGAUAAUCCAAGGUGGGUAAGAAAUAGUGUCUCAGCUGCUCUCUUCCCUGGCUCAGUGCUCCCAGAAGUGGAACAGAAACUCCUUUACAGCUGGGUUUAGAAUCUGGAAGAGAAACCAGCUGUAAAGUCAGAGAUUGAGUUCAAACUGGGAUCUGUUACUUAACUGAAACUGAAACAGCAGGUUUAAGUUCUAAGUCUGAAAAUGACCAUUGGUCACAAUGGUCUGAGGAUUUUAAAAGUUCAUGUGAGAUUCCUGAUUCUCUUAAUGUAAGGCCAAGAACAAAAUCAACUUGCAUUUAUAGCGAACAUUUCACAUUGUCGUGUCCAUGGGUGUUUCACACAUGAUCAAAAGCUUGGUUGGAAAGUUUGAGUUUCAGAAUUAUCUUGGGGGGGUGGGGGAGAAAAAGAGAGGAAGGGAAGGAAUUACAGAACUUGGGGCCUUGGCAGGAUGGCCACUGAUUGUGGAAGGAUUUCAUUGCGGAACAGUAAAGGCUCAGAAUUAGAGAGGGACUGGAAGCUGCAAGGCCAGACAAGAUCCCAAGACAGUGACUGGCUCCCACAGAACUUCAAAACUCUAUGCAAUGGGUGCAUGCAGGUUGUUACCAUGGCAGUGCGGGUCAUGUCUGCUGCUUUAAACAGCAAAUGACAGAUACUGUCUCCAUGAGCUUAUAGUAUGUCAGUGAUUCCCCACCAAGCUUGUCUGCAGUGAGCUGGGAGUAAUGGUUUAGUGCUGCUGCAGGAGAGAGUUGAUGGAGAAAGGCGACACAGAAAUGGGAAUCCCACUCAAAGCGCUCCCAUUGCUCACCCUGUAAACACCAUUCCCCCCUCACCCCCCGCAUCCCUGAGGCAGUAGGCGACACAUUGCCUUCUACCUCACAAGUUCAGUUUGUAACUCUCACAGAUAGAAUUGGAACAGGCUUUUCAGGGACUCUCAAGGACUCUGAAACCCAGACAGAGAAACUCAAAACAUCUGAACAGGGAUUUGAGCAUCCCAGCACCAGGUUGAAGUGACAGGAAGACUCUGUGCUAGAAAAUGUAACUCACCAAGAGUUGUGCACAUGGGGGUUUGGAAAACUAUUAAGUUUUUUUUGUAUGGAUUGGAACCACUUCCAGCUCUUGUCCAUUCUCACUUCCUGAGACUUGCUCACUUUUCCUCUGGUUCCUUGUUGUAGGAUAAUUAGCUAUAAUUUAAUCAACCCGGUUGGACGUAUCACAACACACUUCUGGGGCAGUGGCCUGACAGAGGUAAAGGUGAAAUUCCAUGGCCAAGCCAGACCAUAGGACUGCUGUCUUAUCAAAGUUAAAGAUCACAUAACACCAACUUACAGUCCAACAGGUUUAUUUGGAAGUACAAGCUUUCGAAGCACUGCUCCUCCAUCAGGUAACGAGUGGGGCAGGAUCAUAGGACACAGAAUUUAUAGUAAAAGAUCAAAGUGUUAUACAACUGUAGAUAGAUAUGACUGGUGGUGGUUUAACCUGAGGGUCACCAUCCCUCAGGCAAGGGGAAGAAGUCGCAAAAGCAGUCCUUCAUGAUAACCUUAUUCCAUGUGGGAAAUGAAUCUAUGCUGUUGGCAUCACCCUGCAUUGCAAGUCAACUGAGUGCACUGACAGACCGUCAGAUGAUUAAGGGAGGUGAGCAUUGCUCGCAUGAACUGUGAUUGGGAACAGGGAGGUGGACCCUUUCGAGAAAAUGCCAUGCUGUGAAGAGGAACCCAAAUCUCUGAUUUCUCCUCUUUUGAAAUCUCAAAAUAUACUCUGAUUGGAACAUUAAAACCUGCAAGAUUUUAAUCUUGUUGCAAUCACUUCUCAUUGAUGAAACAGGAGGAUUCAACUGGUCCUCGCAUUUACAGUAUUAAAAAAUAAAGAUCUUACAAAAUGUU